UCACCGGACAUUUAAUGCAGACGGACCCGAAGCAACAUGACAGCCGUUAAUGAAAACACGGCUCUAAAUGUGGGAGAUGGAGCAGAAAGUGACGACGAGGCCAAACUACAGAUGUUAAAAGGUGCAGCGUUCCUGACCACGGUGGCGUCUGCAGGGAUGAUGGCAGGAUUCGGUUCCACGUUAGCGCUGGCCAAAAAAAAAAGCCCAAACUGGUUUAAUAAGGGCGUCAUGGCGACGGCGGCGGUCCCGGAGAGCGGGGCGUCUCUGGCCCUCAGAGCUCUGGGUUGGGGCUCUCUGUACGCCUGGUGUGGAGUCGGUCUGCUCAGCUUCAGUGUGUGGAAAGCCCUGGGAGUUCACAGCUUGUCAGAGUUCAGACAGAAGAUGCAGUCCUUCUUCCCGUCCAUCCCGAAGACCCCCGAGGCUGCUGGAUCUGAACCUCUGGACUGGGACUCUGUCUUCAAGUCCAAGUGACAAACGAACGAGACACAAAGACUGAAAACAACAGAAUUUACAGCUGCAGCAGCUGUUCAGACUGUUUGUGUUGAUUUCUGUGGAGGCUGCAGAAACCGGAGAAUCCUCUGGACCAGUUUAUCUUCACUUCUGGUUCCCAGUGUUUCUCCAGUUUAUAAAGAUGUUGUCUGACUGAGCUCUCGCGGCUCGGAGGUCGGUGUCUUUUGGUCGGUUUCAACAGGUGAAGAUUGAACUGUCGGACUGAAAGGACGAAACGCGUCGCUUGAAGACUUGUGGUGUGUUCGAGUAAAAUCUGACAAAUGAAGUUUCUCUGAAAACAAAUCAGUGUUUUCACAACUGUCAUGUUUCCCAUCUUCUCAGAGGACGGGUAUCAUUUCCCACACGUUGCGUGUCCUUGAACGCACCACGAAGAAAAUGCCAAACAACAAUAAUGUAAUUUUGACAACAAUAAAAGUGGAUGUAAUCGUCAGUAAGUUUCAGUUCUUCACAGACUGAUUUUAAUAGAAAUAAACAAAAAGAAAUCAAUGUGAUUGAUAGUUUGGAAGCUGAUCAGCUGGAAUAUUGUUACUGGUUCAUGCUGUAAGUUAAAAGUCUGUUGGAUGCUUGUAAAGCUAAUGUUGGCAUCUUAAAAUGUUAAUAUGUAAUAAAUAUAAAAACAUUUCUUAUUUUAAUGACAAA